AGGUUUCAGCUCACUGCAGAAUAAGCAGCGGGUUAUAUGUACUUCACCAAUUAAAGCACUCAGCAACCAAAAGUUUAGGGAGUUUAAAGAAGAGUUUUCCGAUGUGGGUUUGAAGAGGGGGGAUGUAACAAUUGAGCCCAAUGCUUCGUGCUUGGUAAAUCUCUUUGCAACUUUCUUAAUAUGUGUGUGUUUUGUAUUAUGGUCUCCUUGGAGAUGGUUUGUUUUUCAGGUAACGACCACUGUGAUCUAGCGUGGUAUGCUUUACAGAGGAUCUGAGAUCAUACGAGAAGUUGCUUGGGUUAUUUUUGAUGAGGUGCACUACAUGCGUGAUAGAGAGAGAGGUGUCGUGUGGGAAGAGAGUAUUGUCAUGGCACCAAAAUUUUUGAGAAAAAUGAAAUCCUUCAUAGGAGGGAUGUCUUCGGAGGGGGUGGGGGGAAGAAUUCUAACCACCAAAGUUCUCUAUAUAAUUCAGGUUGCUCAAGGGUCUAUGGGUAUUUUUUGAAAUUUUUCUAUGUCAUCCCAGGAUGGUGGAUCGUUCUGGGUUGCAAUUGUAACUUAAAAAAGGGACCAUAGCACCGACUUAUGACAUAGGAUUCAAUUUUUUUGUUCAAACUUCAAAUAAUUUGGAUUUUCUGUAUUUAGGUUUACAUUACCAUACCUAUGACAUGAUAUUAUUUGAAUAUUUUAGAUUCAUUUCACCAUUUUUCUAUUUGUUGAUGUGUUUUAUUACGGAAUGAAGCUUGUUCAAUAUACAAAUUCGAAGCUUUUCGGGGUUAUAGAGAUGGUGGUUGCAGUGAGGCGAGCCGAUGCGAAGAGGACAGACUGAUGGAAAAAAAAAAAAAGGAAAAAAAGAAAAGGAGGACUGUAGUAGAAGGGUGAAGUAAAUAAGGGUAUUUUAGUCUUACUAUAGUUAAAAAAUCAUUAUUGAAAUAGUUACUAAAUUCAGUAAAGAUGACUAUUCAAUUAGGCUUUGAUACAUUAAUUAAUGCUUAUUAGGUUAGAAAAUCUCAUUAAAUUAAACAAUACAGUAUUACAGUACUAAUAUAAUUUUUGUAGUUGG